ACUAUGUCAAAUUGUUACAUGUCACUUAACUAAAAAUAUUUUUUUUAUAUUACCAACGUUUACCUUUUAAAACUAUUGUAAUUUAUAUAUGUAAUGUCUUUAUUCGAUACCGCUAUAUUUAAUACAACCCUUUACGAAGCUCUGUAUCUUCAGAUUGAGGAUACUUUCGCUUUCGCAAAGGAUUUCGUAAAGUCGUCAUUAUCGUCAAUUCCAGGUGAAAAUAUUUCCCAAUCCAUUGCAAUUUUGUCUGAACUAUCAUUCUACGGUGGUUUUGCUGAAGUAUUCUUCUUCAACGAGUUCCAGUUUCUUCUUUUGAAGACGUUUGCUCUUAUUUUACUGUUCACUUUGUUAUUGAUUUUCAUAUCGUGGCGAGUGUACGGUAAACGCAUAUCGGAGCGAUUUAUGAAACCAGCUACAUCAGCAACAAUAGAACAACUAAAGGAAAGUGUAUCCAAACUAAAAUUGCCCAAAGAGCAUACACCCAGAAUAUAAUAAAAAAU